GUACAAGUAAGGUUUCUGGAGUCCUGUCACGUCUGCUGUAGUGUUGUAGUUAAAACAGACAACUCGAAAUUUUUAAUCGUUCUCCAAUCUAAAAAAAUACGCACGUUGUACAUUUAAGCAUAAGCCAUAUUGAAAAAUGGAUGAUCAGGAUGCACCAGAGUUCAUGGAUGAUGAUUCACAGGAAGCAAAUUCUCCGGUAGCGGAAAAUGAUCAAACAGUGUAUGAAGAUUUGGCUACUGGUCCAAAUUUGGAAUCGGUGGAAGUUAGUAAUACAAGGACAUUAGGACAACCACUAUCAGAUUUCCUUAUGACUUUAGAAGAUUAUACACCUACAAUACCUGAUGCCGUUACAUGUUCUUACCUGGCCUCAUCUGGCUUUGAAGCUUCCGACCCCAGAAUUGUUCGUCUGGUGUCAAUUGCUGCUCAGAAGUUCAUCUCUGACAUAGUAAAUGAUGCUCUUCAACACUGCAAGAUGAGAGGUGCGAACACUGUCCAAUCCUCUAAGAACAAGGCAAAAGAUAAAAGAUAUGUCCUAACAAUGGAAGAUCUUGCCCCUGCCCUUGCAGAAUAUGGAAUUCAAAUUCGCAAACCUCCCUAUUAUUCAUAAGGUCUUUAAAUUCAUCUUACCAUUUAAAGCACCAUUUUUUCGUAUCUUUUAAUAAAACCUAAUCUUCGGAAUCUAAUCGUCAAAUAGUAGGCCAUUUACUUCAAGUCAUAUCAAGUUAUUUAUCAUUGAUGAAAACCAAACUCGUUGAGAAAAUCUUUUUGGGUAUCACCCUUAUGCCGCCUUAUCUGCGUAGUACGUUGAUCCUUCUGUCCAGGUCAAAAUUAUAUCGCAAAUUGAAACUGGUACGCAUU